UGACUCUCAUUAAUAUCUUUGCAAAAAUGACAAUUGCUCUCCACUUGAACAAAAAAUAGACUAUAACAGCAACAAACAUAUCAAUGGUUUCUAGUUUCUAGUCAUUAACUGCCCUGUGACACCAAAAGCUCUCUCCAAAAGCUCUUGUUCUUUCUUUUGUUCUUCUCCUAAGAUGAGUAUGGGUUCCAGUAGUCAACCGAGCAAGAGAAAGGCCCCAACUGAAGAGGCUGGUCCUGCUGAUUAUGUCCACUUUUCAAUCAAGGGUCAGGAUGGGCGUCAAUUGUUCUUCAAGGUGAACAAGGAGGCCAAGUUAUUUAAUGCAUUCAGUAGCUACUGUGAGCGAGUGAACUUGGAAUAUGAGACCAUGCAGUUUUUACAUGAUGGUCAGUAUGUCAAAGGGAAACGUCAAACACCAAAAAUGCUCAAUCUGAAAAAUGGUGAUGAGAUCGUUGCAGUGAGACACCAAUCAGGAGGAGGUGUUGCAUAACUUAACUUUUAACAGGGAUGAUAUGACUCAGUAUUGUUGUUCUACUUGUUAGUUUGUUUAACUGUUAUUUACAUUCAGAAAAGUAAGUAAGCAAACAGUUUGUAAGUGAAUUGAAUGCUCAAUUUGGCUCAAACUAUUAUCAUAUUAGACAAAA